CUAGCCUAUAAUAUCAACACGUUAUCCCCUCUACCGCGUCUAUUAUGCAAAUAUCCCAACUUGCGACGCGUUCCGAGAUUCAAUGCAGAACAAUCCCUUGGCGGUUGCGUAUGCUAAGUCUGUGCUUUGGACAUAGGCUAGUUCUGUAUUAGAAUUUGUAUACCAAGUACAUAGCUGUGGACAUAGAAUACUUCUGCAAUACGGUAACUUCCUUAAGUAGUGAUAUUAUUUUGUAUAUCGCGGUCACAAUGAAUUCUAGAACUUUAAAAAUGAUACAACUGGUGGCCCCGAAAAAAUCAGAAGGCACCCCGAAGGCUGGCAUACAAAAUCAAGAGAAAAGGAGCUUAUCUACAUCGUUUACUCCGAAUGCCAAACAAAAAAUUGGAGAGGCUAUUACAGAAGAAUAUGUACAAGAAGAUGAUGGGGGAUCAACAACUUCGAACAACCAAGCUCAUAAUGUUCCCAAAAUACCUUCUUCGGCAAGAAGCAUAGCUCAAAUGAUGCAGAACAGUAUCACCCAACAGCCUCCUCUUUUUUUGAUGCCUUCGGAAAGUUCAACUUACAUCCUACAAAAUAACUCUGUAACUAUUGAGGAAUUUCCAUCCAAUGAAAUCCUUAAGAUCAAUAGUCCCGCUGUAGUUGAAUUGAACGGUGGAGAUACAUAGGAAAAAACUGUUCUACAAAAUACUGACUCCAUAUCAAAAUCCUCAAAUACUAUAGAGGAUGAUUUUAUGCUUUCUGAAUGUGAGAGUGACUCAUUUGCCACCAGUGAUGAUAGCAAUGGCAUGGACUAUAUACCAACAUUAAGGAAAAACUCAACUCACAGUAGAGAUGCAUGGAGAAGAAAUGAAAUAAAGAAGCUGCGGAAUCUUGGCGAGAAGUAGAAGACUGGAGAGGAAACCUCCGUCCAAAAAGGCAACCAAAACCUCCUUGUACUAACUGCAGACAAAAGUGCAGCAAAAAGUUCACAGAAGAAGAGAGGAAACAGAUGUUUGAGAGAUAUUGGCAACUGGGGGACGUCAAUAGACAACCGGAUUUUAUUUCCCAGUAUGUAAAUAUAAUGGACAAGAAAAGAACACGGUUGAGAAAGCAGGAUGGAAACAGUAGUAACGAAGAUACCUGUACAGAAAACACAACAGGAAGAAAAAAGGCGUUUUCCUUUAAUACAUUUUUAAAUCGUCGAUAGAAAAUAGCGGUCUGUAAAACUUUUUUUAUGAAUACUUUAGGCAUAAGCGCCCUGGUCAUUAAGA